GCCAUUUCUUUUGCCAGGUACAACCAAAUGCGGGUAGACCUUCCGGAGCUAGACCAGACCAUCAUCAGCCCUCAACUGGUGUCCCUUGGCCAUGAGACCUUAACACCAGUUUACACCACCCUGCAAGAACCAAGCACCAAAAAGAGGAAGCACUCACAAGAUGUUUCACAAGUCAAGUGUGAACCAGCCUUAUCACCAGAAACGCACGUCCGCCCAGCGCCACCAUCCGUAGACGGAUCAGAGGCAGGAGAUGACGUGCCCCUCCAGUGCAUCAGAUUUGCACCCUUCCAGCAGAACUUAUGGCACACGCUGCAUGACUGCAACCUGAAAGCACUCCAACCCCCCUCCUACGUCGUCGGCGCCGACAAAGGCUUCAACUUCUCCCAGAUCGACGAGGCCUUCGUCUGCCAGAAGAAGAACCAUUUCCAAGUCACCUGCCAGAUCCAGAUGCAGGGCGACCCGCAUUACGUCAAGACGAACGAGGGGUUUAAGAAGAUUAGCGGGUUUAGGCUGCAUUUUUAUGGUGUCAAAGCCGAGGAUCCCAGUCAAGAAGUGAGGGUAGAACAAAGCCAAUCUGACCGCACGAAGAAACCUUUCCAUCCUGUACCAGUGGAACUUAGACGCGAAGGAACGAAAGUCACCGUCGGCCGCCUCCACUUCGCAGAGACCACAAACAAUAAUAUGAGGAAGAAGGGACGACCCAACCCUGACCAGAGGCAUUUCCAAUUGGUGGUGGCUCUGAGAGCAUAUGUUCCUAGCGGGGACGUUAUGAUCGCUGCCAGCGCUAGCGACAGGAUUAUUGUCAGGGCGUCCAACCCAGGACAGUUCGAGUCAGACUGCACUGAGAACUGGUGGCAACGGGGCGUAUCCGACAACAGUGUCCACUUUAAUGGACGUGUCGGAAUCAACACUGAUCGGCCUGAUGAGUCCUGUGUCAUUAAUGGUAACCUAAAAGUGAUGGGUCACGUUGUCCACCCAUCAGAUGCUCGGGCAAAGCACAACAUUGAGGAGUUGGAUACAGCGCAGCAGCUGAAGAAUGUUCAGAGCAUUAGAGUUGUCAAGUUUAACUAUGACCCCUCCUUCGCCGAGCACUCGGGCCUGCUCGGGUUCGACCCGACGUCCCCCGCCCCGCAGGCCGACACGGGGGUCAUCGCGCAGGAGGUGCGGCAAGUUCUUCCAGAAGCGGUGAAAGAGGCCGGAGAUGUUACGUUGCCGAAUGGGGACACUAUACACAAGUUUUUAGUUGUCAAUAAGGACCGUAUCUUCAUGGAAAAUCUCGGAGCAGUGAAGGAGCUGUGCAGAGUGACUGGAAAUCUGGAGUCCCGUAUCGACCACCUGGAGAAGAUUAACAGGAAAUUGUGCAAAAUCAACAUUCUUCAGAGGAGAGACAGUGCCAGAUCCAACAUAAGUAGCGACUCCCACUUCUCAGCCAUAUCCUCAUCAUCAAAAUCCUUCUACAGCGACGGUAACAUAUCCAUAGACCAAAUACGAGAUAUUGCCCGCAACAUCCGACGACACGAAUGUUGCCACAAACUCAGUCACAACUCCCCUAAAUACACAAGGAAACAAUGCAAAACCUGCCACGAUCCACGUAACUACUCGAAAUACGGAAAAUUCUACAACUACAACAAAACCUGCGUGAGAUACCAUAAAGAAGAGAAGCACGAAUGCAAAUUCCCGCCUUACGUCGGCACUUUAGAAUCUGACAUUCAGAAAAUCUCAGAUGACAGUACGAUGUCGAAGAAAAAAGACACUUGUCUGUGGUUGAAGGAGGAUUUUGCGCCUGGCAACACUAAGCUGGCGUUUUGUUGUAAGAAGGAAUACAGUGAUGCCAGCAGUGAAUUGAUUUCUAAUAAGUUUUUGCAGAUCGUGAUCACGAUUUUGAUUUUCAUUAUGGCUGUUUGUUUGGUGGUAAUGUCCGCCCUAUACUUCCGCGAACAUCAAGAGUUGUUAAACAUGAAGGAGAACAGACAGCACGAAAAAUACACUUACUACAACUAUAGGAAAGAAAACAUUCCUUACAGAGCUACGCCUCCAGACUUGAACCAAAUACAGAAUUUGAAAUUUUCACAACAUGUGCCUUCGAAGAAGAACGCAAAAGAAAAAGGCCCACACAAAACAACUCCGGAGUUCCCGACCACACCGUCCACAGAGUCUCUGCGCCCUAUCGCAUCUACCCUCCACGCUUCAAGAAACUAUGUCCGGGACGUGCUAAACAUGGACGCUACACACUCGCCACUGGAUCGUGCGAUCUCAAUAUCAGCAACUGCAGACAUCGUAGGAAAACUUGCAAGUGCUUGCAGUUUUUCUGCUAACUCAGAAAAUGAUCUGUACGCUGAAUGCCAGGAUUGGGAAUAUAUUUCAAGAUGGAUAAAAACAAUGAUGUCGCCAUGCAACCUGGAACCUCCUCAAGCCUUCGAGAACCAGGAGCCUUUGGAACGCAAACCAGAGCUGAAUGAUACAUUCCGACCCCCAGAACCUCCUGUAAAGGAUAACAAACUUCCAAACAUCCCAGUGAUACCUGAAAAAAAUGCCACAGAGCACCUUAAGCAAGACAACGAUUCAAUCCAACGCUUCAAAAAAAUACCCGAUGAAAUAAUGGCUGAAAACACUUUGCUGGACCCUAAUAAGUUGAACCAGACGGAUAACUUGACUGGAAGAGUGAGAAGGCAGAUAGGGAAACGUGUUAGGAAGAGAGAGGCGAAUGAAGCUUUGUCAGCUUCGAUGCGGAGUUCGGAGGAAAAUUUGGAGCAGCUUUCUGCAGAAAAAUAUCCUGUUAUCUUUGGAAUCGCCACACAAUCUUUUACAAACGACUCGCUCUUCACUGCAAUGGUGACGUCACACAUGACGUACAACAUCACCUACACCGUCCCGCUCUCGCACUGCCUGCAUGACAAGGACAUCGAUAUGGUUAUCAGGUCACCUCACCACCAACUGAGCGAGGUCCGCCUCUGCGACCUCCAAUGCGACGACGCGGACAAGAAAUGCCUCCGGGUCCGCGACGACACAAAGCCAUUCUUACAGUACGGUGCCUGGGUGCUCAGGAUGCCAUUGAGCUGCAAGAUGGAUAGGAUGCUCAGGAUCAGAGCUUCGUUUGCGCCUAAUAAGAAUAUCUGUUUUGCCUCGGACCACAUAUCGUCGCUCCUAGUCUACAAUAUACACGUUUACAGAGAUUGUCAAUAACUGAUGUUUGUCAUAAUAGUUUUUUGUCAUAAUCUGGUUCGAUUUGCUCGUGUUUGCGUUUAUGUGUUCUAAACUGUGAGAUAUUUUUAUGGCAAUAUAAUAAAAAACACUGUUUGGCCAACGUCAGUAACUUUACAUUAACAACAUUAUUAUGUUGAGUUUAUCAACCCGUUUAACGCUACACCUACCGUGCGCAGAGCAGUGUUGGCCGAACGUUAAUUGCAAUUAACCAUUAACCAGCACAAAUUAAACCGUAAACCGUAACGGACGGUUAUAGUUUAAGGUUCAAUUUGUACUGGUUAAUGGUAAACUUUUUUUUUUAUUCUUAAUUUUUAUAAAGGCUUCCGUACACUCGUGGUGACGAUGCCAGCCUCAUACGUGAGUUCACGUGUGUAACUAACCUUCAGACCUAAGUUCAAGAUAUUUUUUAUAACGUAAACAUUUUCUCAGCAACUUCUGAGGUUAAUAGUUAAUUGCAAUAACGUUUCGGCUAACACUGGCGCAGAGCGUCAUCGUUAACCUUGUCGGUAUGCACGAAGGUUGAUAGAGUUAGACCAAGAUAAGUCUGCAACGAUUUUGAUAGCACACGCAGUGCGUUAUUAUAUAAACUUCAAUGAAAUUAUGACGUUAAAAUAACGCACUGCGUAUGCUAUCAAAAUUGUUGAAUAAUUUUCUUGGUCUAACUGUAUUGGGCUGUAGCCAGUAGCCACCGUUAAUUGACUCUUUAAUUGACGUCUUUGGCGGUCAAAUGUUGAAGAGACCUUCGCAGAAUGACACUUGAAAGAUAUUUUUUAAUAAUUAAAGCAUUUAAAGUUAAUGACAUAUCCUUAAUUAAGAAUCUCUUUAAAAUCUGAAAACGUAGUGAAGAAAAUAUUUGUACUUUUUUUAUUGUAGUAAACUCUUCAUCUUCACAGCCUAACGCAGCGACUUACGUAAGUGUACAUUUGUACAACUCGCAAACGCGAAGCGAAGCGGCGCGACGGGCCCACGGCGUUCGCAUUCGCAACGAGAUCGCCUACGUAGGACACUUCUAUAGGUAUCAAAGGAUUGAUUCACCUCGCGCCGCAUCGCUUCGCUUCGCGUUCGCUUGUUAUUCUCCUACGUAGUACGCUCGGCUGCGUAAGAGAUUUGAUUAGAGUUCAUAUUCACUUAUUUUUAAUAAUGAUAUAGGUUUUUAUUUGACAAAGUUUUUAUUAUGUAAUGAUGUAUAUUUUGGUUUGGUCUUAUAUUUAAUGUGUUUAGUCAAAAGUAUUAAUUACUUAUGAUUCAAUAAUUAUAAGUAUAAUUUUAAUAUAGCGAUUAGACAUAAAUAAUAUUUCCUAAAUAAUUCAAUACAUUCCAGAAGUGCAAUUACUCGAUUUAUUUAUAAUGUCCGUCCUCUAGGCUCGAAUACUAAAUGCGUAUUUAUUAUAUAUUUAUGGAUAUACUCAUACAUUUGCGACCACAUGAAUCUCAUAUAUUACAUAUUUAUAGCCUAAAUUUUAAGGUACCGUCAACCGGGGUGAAUAGGGAUGGUUGGGGUGAAUAGAGACAAAACUUAAAAGGUGUAUUACCUGACAAUUUCUUAAAAAAUACCCACACAAAUUGUAUCAUACAUAACCUACUAUUAUUUACAAUCGAAUAAUACAAUUUGUGUAGGUAUUUUUAAGAAAUUGUCAGGUAAAUCACAUUUUAAAUUUUGUCCCUAUUCACCAUAGCCAUCCCUAUUCACCCCGUUUGACGGUAUUCAUUCUUUAAAUUAUACAUAUUUUUAAGAAACUUGUCAUUCAUUAUAAAUGAAAUCACAUUCGAUAAUCUUUUUUUACACAUAGUGAAAUUAGUAAAAUGUUCAGCACAUUGCGAAUUGACGUUAUACGAAAUAUAAACCGCCUAGGUAUAUUUUUAUUUCAUAUAAUUUACAUUUGUUUAAUGCAUACAUGCUUUUGACGAAAUAAGACAGUAUUUUCAUAUACUUUAAAAUGUCAAAAAGUUUGACAAUUUUAAAUUUAUUUUCAUGAAUUUGUUACAUUUUAAGAUCGAUGGUAUAAUAUUUAAGUCAAUUGUAAGUAAAAAUAAAAUUUGGUGGUAGCAUUUUUAUUUUACUUUGUACUUUACAGUACAUAAAUGUAGCUUUUAAUAUGUUUUGUUUGUUAUUGAUAAUCGUUUACGUAUAUGACGUAUUUUACAGCUUUAUUGUUAUUUUAAGUGUAUUUUGUUUUAGGCAAAACUUAUUAUAAAUGAUAUUUAAUACUCAUUUUGGUAUUUUCACUGGUUUUCUUUACUAUAGAUCUCUGUUAAUAUCACAUAAUUGUUUGAAAAAUAUUUUUAUAUUUUAUGAAUUUUGUGCUUUAUAUUUGACGCAAUAGAAUACACUUUACGAUUGUAAUAUACACAUUCCAAGCCAGUACUUAACUAGAAAAUAAGUAAAUUUUAAGACCAAUUCCAGUUUAGAAAAAGUAGUGCCACUAUCCUUUAUACCAACAUAACAUAUUUAUUAAAUAAUAUCACGUAUUUUAAAAAAACUUUAAACAUAAUUAUAAAAACCACGUCAAGGUUAUUUGAGGUGUAAUAGGCUUCUAUCAUUUUAUUGCUCAAUUGUUUUGAUUAGUAUUGAAUUUUAAUUCUUGUUUUUAUGUCAUUGUGGCAACUUCAAUAUAAAAUCUUUAAAUAACCAGUGUCUUUUAUUUAAGAUAAAAUCUUUUUCUCAAAACUGUGUUAAGAUUAAUUUUACGUCUUGCCAUAUUUUAGACUUUGUAACAAAGUAGGUGCAUCACUUUGUAUUACGACUUAGAAUUUAUUUAUCAUAAUUAGGUCAAAUAUAAUUAUAGCAAGCAUUUUUAUAAGAUGCUGAUUCGUUUCCAGAUUCCCAUAAGAUAGAUGUGUCGAGAAUUAUUUUUGAAAUUAUUUUUACUUUUAUUUUUAGUUAGUAUACUAGUUAAUAAUGAUAGAUGGUAAAUUUAUUUAUGUAAUAAUAAAAGUUGUAUUGUCUUUGUAGUGUUAAGUGUCCACAAAUUUGUAAUGUUAAAGAGACAUAAAUAAAAUGUAGUAGAGUAAC